AUGGUGCUGUUCGUGCGCAGGCUGGUGCUGGCAUUUGCAGGUGCGGCUGCAGCUCUCGUCUCGGCGAAGAACCCGGCGAACCCGAUCCUGUCGGCUAUUGUAAACGUGAAGAACUUGGAUACUGUGUUUUAUGCAUCAAGCGCCACGGAGGAGAAGUGGGGAGCGUCGCUGGAAGUCCAAAAGCUAAGGAACGGGGAGAGGCGCGCUUUUUACCCACUCGUGUACAGUGCAACGGCAGUAGGCGAUGCAUACGGCUGCACGUCGAAGAAGAAGCUACUCUCUGCUAGUAGGAGCCGCAACACCUCCGCUUCUUCUGGUCUAUGGGAUCCCAUAGGUGCGACGCUACUAGAGCAACUCAGUGAGCCCUUUGUGCUGUUGGUAGACCGAGGUGGUUGCUCGUUUGCAGAGAAGGCGUUGUACGCGCAAGAGCUAGGGGCUGCCGUGCUCAUUGUCACGGAUACUCUCGAAGAGCUCUACGACCGCUUAAACGUUGCCGGCAUCACUGAGGAAGAGAGGCGAUUGGAAUACAGCUGCUCGCGUGGUUCGGGCAACGUGAAGUCGAAUGCCGAAAUUGAUGACUUUACGUCUGCUUCAUGGCGAGACGACGCACGUGUCCGCUCAUGUGCAGACAGCAACAAGUGCUCGUCGCAUAUGUGCGUACCUACCGGUGGCGCUAAUAACCAGGUUUGUUGUGUCUGGGAUAUUCCAGAUACCAUGGGCUUCGGCACCUCAGACGUAAUAUCUGAAAAGAGCGAAGUGAGCGACAUUGUUGUGGUGCGACUUUCGAUCGCCGACGGCAACUCGUUAAAGAAGAUACUUACAAUCAGUGGCAAGGACAAGAGCAGCCGGUUGCUGGUAUCGGUAUACGAGCGGGACCCACCGCUCAUCGAUCCUUCUCAGGUUAUCAUUUGGAUCGUUGCUUGCGCGACAGUACUGAUUGGGUCGUACAGAGGUGCAGCCUAUGAACGCACAAAAGCGCAGCUUGAGGCAGCGCUUAUCGCGGCCGACGUCACGUCUUCAGAUGCCAUUGCCCAAGCUCGAGUGGCAUUUGAAGAGCACGACGAGCAGGUUCCUCGGCAAGGGCAACUCGAUUUGGGCUCCAGACAUGCGCUGGUAUUUUUGGUGCUUGGAUCGGGACUCCUCUUAUUGCUGUUUAUCAUGGAUGCCGUUAUCGUGGUAGUAGUGCUCUUUGGCACUGGGGCCGUGUUUGUCACGUUUGAGGCUAUAUGGGAGCCCCUUAUGCGACGCCUCCCUGUAAGGCGUUUGCACAUGUUGCCAUGGCGUGAUGUUGAUUGGCAAUGGGAAGAUGUGCUGGUGCCCGCUGUGUGGAGCAUUGAUAAUAUGCUUGCACUGGCAUUGUCGGUCGGAACCGCGCUCUUCUGGUUUCUCGCGCGCUUUCAGUCGUAUUCGUGGGUUCUCCAGGACGUUUUUGGUGUAUGCUUUUGCCUCGUCUUCUUACGUAUCGCACGAGUACCCAACUUGAAGGUGGCCACGCUACUGCUCGCACUUGUGUUUGUUUACGACGUCUUCACGGUAAUCCUAUCACCAUACAUUUUCGACGAAAACGUCAUGAUAAAGGUGGCUACUGGAGGAGCACAAGGAGCUGUCGUCGGUGGUACACGCAGCGGCUACUGCUUACGCUAUCCCACGGACACAAAACAUGACUGCCGCUCUGAAUCGAUGCCGAUCUUACUUCGAGUUCCCAAGAUGCUGGAUUGGAGGGCAGGCUCUUCGCUUCUGGGUCUAGGUGACAUUGUGCUUCCUGGUUUGCUGCUAGUGUUCGGUGCGCGUUAUGACUACGCUACUCGGGGUCAACUCUUUGGCCGUCUUGUACCUUAUUACGGCAAGACGUUCGACCAACGCAAUGUCUCGGACGGCAUGUCAGGAACAACAACAGGAAUGGAUUGGCAUCUGGAUGUGUCAGGGGCAGAGCUUGGUAGUACUAAGAAACUCUAUACGUCCCGCCGCGGACUAUUCUGCAUCCUCAUGUGGGGUUACACGAUAGGUCUAUUGCUGGCAAACGUCGGCGUUGCAACUACAGGCAGUGACCAACCAGCACUGGUAUACGUAGUGCCUUGUACACUCGGUUUUUUAGCAGUUGUGGCAUGGCGCCGUGGCAUUUUGAGAAAGCUGUGGGAGGGACCACCUGAACUGGUUCCGGGCUAUGCUCGCCGCGAGGAGUCCGCAGUUUUCGGUGGUCUAUAUAAUGACGAUGCAAUGCAACUACGAGGACUGGGCGUCGAGUGUGCCAAAGCGAAGAACAGCGAUGUCGUCUUACUACAGCAGCAUCGAGGUGGCACGGACUCUCCUGUAUCUGGUGCAUCGUACGAAAUGAGCAAUGACACUCCGACUGGCUGCGCUCCUAAAGUGCCUAACUGCGCUGCGGGAAGCUUAAAUAGCAAGUAG